AUGGCGAAUUUUUCGUCACCGAUGCCGUCCAGAGAGUUCUUGUGGGACGUGUUUCAGAGGGUUGACAAAGAUAGAAGUGGAUUCAUCUCGUCUGAUGAACUGCAAAUGGCACUUUCCAAUGGAACAUGGACUCCAUUCAAUCCGGAAACCGUACGUCUUAUGAUAGGCAUGUUUGACAAGCAUAAUCGAGGAACUGUAUCUUUUGACGACUUUGGUGCCUUAUGGAAGUAUGUAACUGAUUGGCAAUCAUGUUUUCGAUCAUUUGACCGUGAUGGCUCCGGCAAUAUAAAUGUAUCCGAACUCAAAGAUGCUCUAUCGUCGUUCGGUUAUAGACUCGGUGAACAAAUUGUAUCAGUUAUGCUCAAGAGAUUUGACCGCUUUGGUCGUGGCACUAUACUUUUUGAUGAUUUUAUACAAUGCUGUGUUGUGUUACAUACCUUAACUGCUGCAUUCCGUCAAUUUGAUACAGAUCAAGAUGGAUAUAUUACUAUUCAUUAUGAACAAUUUUUAAACAUGGUAUUUGGCUUGAAAAUUUAA